UCCACAGCGACAGCGAUUGGCUGAAGUUAAAAUUAGAAACUACUCCUUAUACAAAAUGAUCACAUUUUUUAUUAAUCGGGUCUUAAUUUGAUCGGCGAGCUAAUUGCAUGCUCCAUCGGCUCUUCUGGCCAGUUCCUAAUCAAAAUGAACACUAAUGAGAUGGCCGUCAUUGGACUUGCCACAGAGCUGGCAAACUCAACGUCGCCUGUGUCUAUGCAACAAGGCCUGUCCAGCUGUAGUAGUUCGAUAGGUUCCGAAGAAGAUGAUGAGGAUAUCCUAAAGGAUUUUGUGGACGCCGAGGAUAUUUCCUUGUACGUCGGGGAUGAGAGUGUCGGGGACCACCCGACGUUGACUGAUCAACUUUUGGAGGGGAUGGCACAUAGCUCUGUGCUUUUGCCGCAGCCUACCACAAGCAACGAAGACGAGAAAGUUUUGAUGCCUCCCAAAAUGGAUUCUUUGAAAAUCCCGAGUGACAAGACCCUUUUAGAUAGCACCAAAUACAUGGAAGAGAAGUCAGGCCUACGGAAACCGUGCAAAUGCGACGUUUGCGGGAAGGCGUUUGCCAAGAUUAAGUACCUGAACAAGCAUUUGCAGCGCCACGUGGGUGAUCGCAACCACAAGUGCGAAAUUUGCGACAAGUCCUUCUACUCACAGCACGAGCUCAAGAUCCACCAACGGAAGCACACUAAGGAGUCGCCCUUCCAGUGUAACCACUGCGGAAAGUGCUUCCGGCAGCACUCGGGCCUCUACCUGCACAAAACCAUCCACAGCGGCGAGAUGCCUUACUCGUGCGACAUCUGCUUCCGAAAGUUCAGGCAGAAAAUGGGCCUCGUGUGCCACAUGCGGUGCCACACUGGAGAACGGCCCUACACUUGCUUGCAGUGUGGCAGAGGCUUCAGUUGCAACAGAUCUCUUCGCAAUCACAUGAGGAUUCACACCGGAGAGGUUCCUGAGAAGCGUUACCUCUGCGACAUCUGCGGCAAGAGCUACGGCUUUGACAGCAGCCUGCGCAAUCACAAACUGACCCACACGGACGAAAAGCCGUUCACCUGCAAUGAAUGCGGGAAGGGCUUCAAGGACGCGAAGAUCCUGCGCGAGCACCUGAGGUGUCACACCGGCGAGAAGCCAUACAUGUGCAGUGUUUGCGGCAAGACUUUCUCGCACACGGGCACCCUUUACAAGCACAAGCAGCUGCACCGCGACGACCGACCCUUCCAGUGCACCACCUGCGGCAAGAGUUACAAGCUCAAAGGCCACCUGACGGUGCACAUGAAGAGCCACUUUGAGUAGUAGAGCUGAGCCAAACCUUGUGCCAAAUUUGGCUGCUGCACCAGUUUUGAGUGCGACGGGAGGCUUGACGAAUGGCCAAUUUUACUUUGGAAGUACGCGUCUGCUUUGUUUGGCUGUGAGUUUCUCUUUUCUAUAACAAGCCAACAACUUGUGUUCCUAUGCUCCUCUGCUGGUUAUUUUUCUGAAACCAGGAGGAUUUUGCAGCUAUAUAUCUUCAAUGUUUAGAAAUUGUGUCCAUUUUAGUGCAAUCUUAAUUUUGAGCAUUCUAACUAGCUUGAGUAAAAAAAUAGAUAUUUAGAAAAUGUUUUGAAAGCUAAUCAAUUAUUAAAUGGCUAGUAUUUUCUGCGCAUAUUUUAUAUGGGAGCUAUCAAUUAAUUAUUUGAGAAGAAGAAAUUUAAUCCCAUGUUAAUGUAGUACAAUACAGCUUGCUAUUUUUGUUCUGCAGGCCUGAUCAGCAUUACUUUACCUACUAUAAAAUUCAUACCUCAAUAUUAUCAUUAUAUAUUCUACAGAUAAUUGAAAUAUUGGGCUUGUUUGUAUUAAAUUACAACGGGGUAACUUGUUCCCCUUAAACUUUGUGCUUAUAAAUGUGAUUCAGAAUUAUCUGCAGUUAAUACUGUGAUAUGAUUUUUUUAAGGUAACGUACUGCUGAUGAGGCCUGCUGGGCCAAAUAGUACAUUACAGAACCUUUUGGUUUAAAUUGUUUUCCUCUAGAGAGAUUCAACCAUCCUCUUUAAGAUUAGUCCAGAGAAAAUCAGCCAUUUCAUGAUAGAUUGUUUGAGAUUUGCUACUUCCCAGUUCGACCUCAGAUUGGUUAAGCAGCCGUUUUGAUGUUUGUAUCAAAACUAAGAACUACGUUUAGUUCGUUUCAGUGUAAAGUAUUUGUUUAGUUUCUCUGUGAGAAAUUCUGAAUGUACGGUGUUCAAUUUAUUUUAAGAGAAGGUUGUCUUUCACGUGACUGGCUUCUACGAAUUUUGCGGAUUUUGAACUAAGCUUCAGCAUUAUGUGCAACAUAUCAAGCCGGCUUAAAUGUUUCCUUCCACGUCUGUCAAUAAAUGUGAACGAUACGCAUAACACUUAAACCCAAAGCAUCUGGCGCAGGGUAUGCGAUUGUCUGGUAUGAACAAGCAGAGAGCAACUUUUCACCGUUUACACGAACAUAACAGAGGCUUUAAAAUCAAACACGAAUUACCAUAACCUCGGAGAGCAUUAACUAACACCAGUGUAUUUUGUAAUUAUCAUAGCUUGGCUUUUGUUUCACGCUGCGAGAGUUGGAAUUAAUGUGUUGCGUUGUCCAACAAGAAAAUAAAGAAGUCGAGCGCAAUUUUGUGUGUCAAGUUGAAAAUCGCCUCGACCAUGUGAUAAUCUCGCUGAUGUGUGCUGUUAAAUGAGCAAGCGACUGCAGUGGCAAGUUAGUAUGAACGACAAUGGUGCAAUGAUCAAGCAUAAUGAAUAACAACCCUGAUAAUGUAAUUUUUUAAUCCAUUUAUAUGUUUAUUAUUGCAAUCAUAUGCUUGGAAAAUAAUUUCAAUAAAUAGUUUUAUUUAUACAUGAUAAAUACAGAAA